GUCAUCCUGAAGCUGGAUGUAGAAGAAGAGAAGCAACUUGACUUCACUAGUCAUGUAAAUAUAACAACCAGUGAUCCCUCCAUCAGACAUCUGGCAGCCUGUGAAAACUCGGCCGAGCUUAAAACCCUCUGUCCAGAAGAAUAAGCAAAGCAUAAAUCAAUAUAAGACAGCCCGUGACAAGUGAAUAGAAGAAUUACCUAUAGCCCGUGACAAGUGGAAUUGUGAUCCAAUGACGACUAAAUCUGCGAGACCUGGAUAAGCAGACGGGACUGGCCCGACGUCUUUAUUGUGGUGAUACGAAGACAGGCUGGCGAUGCGCCAUGCGACUGCUGCUGCUGAUUCUCCUGGGAAGAAUUCGACUUGGACUCUCAGGCGGUGACAGCGACACGACCCAUGUCCCAGUGAACCCGCUAUCGUGCUAUUUUUGUGAGAACGUGCAGAAUAACUACAUCUGCAACCGGUUCGCCAUCGACAUGCCUUGUCCGCCAGGUACCGAGUUCUGCCGGACGCUGCACAUCAUGGACAGUGUUGGUGACAGCGUGGUGGUCAACAAGCACUGCGCCUUCGCCGACCAGUGCCGGCCCGACCUGGUGGGAUGCCUCGAGCAGGACAGACAGAGCACAUGUGUCUCCUGCUGCCAAGCGCCCUACUGCAAUGAGUCGGUGCCAACCAAUCACAGUAACGCGAUAAUCGAGCCGGGCCCGACGGCGCCGACCCGAGCUGUGACCUCAGCUGGGUCAAGGUCACAGCGACUCCUCGGAGCAGUCGUUCGGUCGUCGGCCGCGCUCAAUGCGGUGCUAUCGCUAGUGCUGCUUGUCUUUGAUUCCGGCUGAGGCGCUUUCUAUGGGUUAUAGCUAAAUAUGUGAUCAA